AUGGAUACGGUGAACAUAAGUGAACUACUGAACAUUAACGAGACCAGCGCGAAUCCGCUCAUCCCCCCAGGUGCAAAAAUUAUCGAACACAGAUUUUACGUUGUGGUUAACAGCUUGGAAAAAGAGAUGAGCAUUGCGGAGGAAUCGCAGAUGGUGCUGAGCCAGCUGGUUCUCAAGUACAUCCAGAACGCGUUUCGAUCGUGGAAGAAUCGCUGGGUCGGUGAUUCUACACCUAAAAAGACUGAUUUGAACGAGAUCUGGACACCAGCCGUGAUCCAGCGAGUGGUCACGCUGGCAAUCCUCAUGCUGCUGAGUCUGCUGGGCAACACCAUCGUCAUUGUGGUGCUGACCUGCUCCCGCACCCGCUGCGCCGCCUCCAGAGUCAACGUCUUCAUCAUCCACCUGGCCAUCGGGGACCUCGCCGUGUGUCUCAUUACGAUGACAGGAGAGAUAUUGUUCGAGGUGUUCGGCGAGUGGGUGCUGGGCGGGAUCGCCUGCAAGGUCGUGAUCUACUCGGAGAUCGUCAGCCUCUCCUCCACCACCUUCCUCCUGAUGGUGAUGUCGUGGGACCGCUACGUCGCCAUCUGCCGCCCCCUGGACUUCACCAUCUCGGCGAGGCGCGCGAGGAGCCUCAUCUUCGGCGCCUGGUUCCUCGCCUUCGUCAUGGCCAUCCCGCACCUCUUCAUCUUCGUCCAGGUCCUGGAGGGCUACCACCCCGACGGAGCCCCAGUCUAUGCGUGUCUGAGCAGAGGCUAUUCGCAGGAGUGGCAGAGGAAGCUGAUGUUCACUUGGCUCACGUUCUACAUCUUGCUCCUCCCGUCCAUGGUUAUUACCUACUGCUACGUCUCCAUCGUGAGGGUGGUCUUCAGUCAGAGCAAGGACCAGCAACUAGAACUGUCGGGUGAGCUGGCCCCGCCUAGAGUGACAUACUUCCAGAUUUAUGAUGCUGUGGACUGCUCACUUGUAGAAAACCGUGGAUUCCGUUUUAGACCAUGA